GAUCAGCCGUUACGAUAUAGAGUUAUUCGAGUGUAGAUACGUUUGAACCAUGGCACGUACGAAACAAACCGCAAGAAAGUCCACUGGUGGCAAGGCACCUCGUAAACAACUAGCUACAAAGGCAGCACGUAAAAGUGCUCCGGCUACUGGAGGAGUCAAGAAACCCCAUCGUUAUCGUCCUGGUACAGUAGCUCUCCGCGAAAUUCGUCGUUAUCAGAAGAGUACAGAAUUGCUGAUUCGCAAACUGCCAUUCCAGAGGUUGGUACGUGAAAUCGCCCAAGAUUUCAAGACAGACCUUCGAUUCCAGAGUUCAGCCGUGAUGGCCCUUCAGGAAGCCAGUGAGGCAUAUCUGGUUGGCCUUUUCGAAGAUACCAACUUGUGCGCCAUCCACGCUAAAAGAGUGACCAUCAUGCCUAAAGAUAUCCAACUUGCCCGACGUAUCAGAGGUGAACGUGCUUAAUUUUCACCUGGUAUUAUUUUAAAAUCGGUUCUUUUCAGAACCACAA